CUUCAUCCGGAUAAGACAGACAGUUGUGUACCGUAUGACCGCACUUAACCGCUUUAAUAAAUUACAUCAAAUUGCAUCCUGCGGAUUCGCCGCAGGCCUGUGGCCAGCUGCUCCUCGGAGAUCUCCCACAGAUCUCCCACAGGGAGGGCAGACAUUUGUCCCGCCGCUCUUGGAUGCUGAAACGCGCAGCAAAUCAUCAGCCCAUGGAUGCUCGACGUGCGCCAUGAGACGCAACGCUGCGCCGCGCGCCGGAGAUGAAGCGAUGCGCUCCUGCAAUCAAAUGAAUUAAGAAGAGCUCUCCAGGUCCUCAAUCUUCCUGUAGGGGAAGGUUGGUCCAGCAUAUUUCUCCUCAGCUCUUUUGCUUCCUCUUCUCUUGGACUGGGGAUAAGAAAAAGCCUUCAAAACGGAGGGGGUGGUGGAGCAUCGAGGAAAGAACAGGGGCAAUAUGAGAGAGAGGGACUUCAUGCCCAAUAUGGAGAGGGGCAAACCUGCCACUUACACGGGGGACAAAAAGGCUAAAAUGGCUGCUAAAACGAACAAGAAAUGGGUGAGACUAGCCACUGUCUUUGCAUAUGUGUUGUCGGUGUCCCUAGCAGCCAUUAUUCUGGCUAUUUACUACAGCCUGAUCUGGAAACCGACCAGUGGAUCAUCCUCGGCUGGGAAGCCCGGGGUGCCUGAAGCCGGUGUCACCCCCACGGCCAACAUCUCCACCGAUACCACAGUUUCUGCAAAUAACAGUGUGACAGAAUGGAUUUCCAAACAGACAGGGCUGGUAUCUAACCAGACCAGACAGGGCACAACGACAGCGCACAGUCGGGCGUUUCAGUGGGACGACAGAGCCGAGAGAGCGUCCGUCUCUGCGCGCAAAGGGGAAGAAGAAAGGGAUGAUGAGGGACUAUACGCAUCUUCCCACGGUCACACGAGUGCGGAAACCAGAGAGACACAAGGGUCUCAGCAGCAUAUACCCCCCGGCACUGGGGGGACCAGCCCUGGGGAGGAGGAGGAGGAGAGCAGGGCCGGUGCGGGGACUGACGAGCAGGCGCCUGCGGAGCGGGCCGGUCUGCGCCCGACCUGAAGGAUGAGCCGCUGCUCGGGCCUCAUCCCUGUCACUGUCUCUCAUUUAACAAAGAAAUAGAAGAAGGAGGGGAAAAAAAAAACAUACCCACAAUGGAGUGUUUUACAUUUUCAGUACCGCAGGUCGGACAACACUUCUGCUUUAAACUGAAUCUGCAGAGCCCCCUAUGGAUGCUGAACUGCACAUACAAACUCAUAUCUCGCUUAUAUUGACUUAGAAAAGAGGUGAACUCUUUUCGUCUUAGAACAAUGUUUCCCCCUUAACUAUGCGCUCUUUUUUUAGGCCAUCUGUAUGCCUUAGAUCUAUGUGUGUCUUAACUGUGUGUGUUUACCUGGGACAGCUUUUGAAGCCACUUACUUCUGUGGACAAAACUGGUAUAGAUAUUUUGUUAAUUUAACAGGAUGGAGGGGCCAAAAGAUGCUUUUGGGUUUGCAGGACAUAAAUGUGUCCUGCAGACUUUAGAGUGUGUAGAAUCACUGCCAUUUAUCAGCCCGUUUAAGUCAAGUACUGAAUAUUUACAUUUUAACAUACAGGUUGUAUUUAAUUUCAAGGAUCAAACCUUGGAUUUCCAUUAGAAGACCUUGCAUUAUUAAGUUAUGCUCAGGUAUGGAUGUGCAAUCACAUAAAUGUAAUGUGUAUCUGUUUAUGUACAUAUAGGACAGACAUCUUUUGGCCUUGAAUAACUUUUAGUUAAUUAGAUGAUUUUUAUUAAAGGUACAGUAUGUAUAAUCGUUAAAAGUAUAACACAAGGUACAAAUAAGCAACCCUAGACAAUGAUUCAUUGAUUUUAUAAUAGAGCUAUGUAAAUCGAGACUUAAUCACAGACAUGUUCCUGUAUGUUAAUGAUAUUUUUGUUUACAUCCAAAUAAAUUAUAGGUUUUUCCCUAA